GUCCAGAGCUUCAUUCAUCUUUUGCUUCCCAACCAUCCGCUCUUCGGGCCCAAACCGUCAUCAUGGCCCGUAACAGUGAGAAAGCGCAGUCGAUGCUCUUCCGAUUCCGGGCGCAGCAAGCCGCGGAUCUCGGAAUCAUCGACAUUGGACGUACGCGUCGCCCCAAGGCCAUCACCACGGUCGAGUCGAUUCCGAAUUGCGAGAAAUGGCGUGGUCAAGUGCUCAAGGAGAUCUCGCGCAAGGUCUCCCGCAUCCAAGAGUCCAGCCUCAGCGACUAUCAGAUCCGGGACCUGAACGAUGAAAUCAACAAGCUCAUGCGCGAGAAAUGGACGUGGGAGAUGCAAAUCCGGAACCUAGGCGGGCCAAACUACAUGCGUGGCUCGGGCAGGGUGUACGACGAUGAAGGACGGGAAAUUCCCGGCGGCGGCAAAGGGUAUCGAUAUUUUGGUCGAGCGAGGGAAUUACCAGGUGUCAAGGAGAUGUUUGAGGCUGCAGCGAGGCGAGGUCGAAGGCCGGAGGAAGAAGACGAAGCGCGGGGGAGAGGUGGUGAUAUCGCGACCAAGAAAGUGGAUGCCAAUUAUUUCGGUUAUGGGCUUGACGAAGAGGAUGGCACCCUGUUGGUCUACGAACGGCAAAAGGAGAAGGAGGCCAUUGAACAUCUGCGCGGCAAAAAGGAAGACGAUGUCGAAGAUGGAUGGGAGCCCUUGCCCGGCGAUGCUGGUGAUGGGGUUGAAUGGAGACUACCUUCGUUAGAGGAGGUCCAGGAAGAACUCGUGGACAGAAGGAGAAGAAGGCUUCUUGAUAAGAUUUCUUAAAAGGUGUUGUCGUUGCAUAAAGAGAGGGGGAGAGCUGAAGAUUGAUCUCUUUCUGUUUUUCUUUCGUCUCACCUUCUCAUUUCCGGCGUUACGGAUGAUUAUUUUUUCUCAUCUUGGUUCCAUUUUUAUAUCUUGUCUAUUUUCAUUUUUUCCUUAGAUGACUUCAUAACAUUCGCCGUUUUAAGGGGGAGCAAAAAGCUCACUGAUGAUACCAACAUGAUAUUCGUUCUUUUGUACAAUGGGAUGAGAUAUACUAUUUACAAUCUAUUUUCAUCGUCU